AUCGGCGAAUUUGGGCCCUUUUCAUGACCUACCCGAUUUGCGUUUCGCAACGGAGGUGAAAUCGCGGCGUUCCUGUUUCGCGAGAGUGCGUUGACUUCGGGCUCUUUUGGGGGGUCAAAAACCGACCUAAGCGCCCCAUCCCCUCCUACGCAAUGCACACGCACGGGGCGGAGCCAGUCCCAUCAUCAACGCACUCGCACUUGUCAUACCCUUGCAUUGUUGUACUGCACUUUCGGUGAUGGUGGCAGUGCCUUCCGGGACGUCUUGAUGUGUUGUUUGGUCCGUCCGGUGUUUGCUUUUUGUUUGGGUUUUGUUUCGGCCUGAUGGGAUGGCUGAGAAAGGGGGCGACAAGAUCAACCAAGUCCAAGAGAUUUUUAUCAAGAAUUUGUUGAUGAGAUGCAAGGCGGAGCAGAACGAGGAACUGUGGCAAAUGCCGGAAAUGGUUGGAUAUUACAAUGAAGCAUCCUUGCCCAUCGCCACAGUCCAAACCGCCGAUGAGGCCCGUCAUUCCGUGAAGAAAGUCGUGUGUAGUCCAGACUUGCCAAUCGCCGAAUACCCUUCCGGCAGCAAUCCUCAAGCCGACCAAAUCGUCAAUAUACAGUGUCAAAUCUGCAACAAAAUGUACAACUCCAAAGCCGCCUUCCAGGCCCACCAGCGCACUCAUACUAAAGAAAGCGAGGACCCUUACCGCUGCAACAUCUGUUCAAAGACGUUCGCGGUUCCCGCCCGCCUCACCCGCCACUACCGCACACACACCGGGGAAAAACCCUUCCGCUGCGAGUUCUGCAACAAGAGCUUCAGCGUCAAGGAGAACCUCAGCGUGCACCGGCGAAUCCACACGAAGGAGCGCCCAUACAAGUGCGAGGUGUGUUCGCGAGCGUUCGAACACUCCGGCAAGCUGCACCGACACAUGCGCAUACAUACCGGGGAAAGACCGCACAAGUGCGGCGUCUGCUCGAAGACGUUCAUCCAGUCGGGGCAGCUGGUCAUCCACAUGCGAACGCACACCGGGGAAAAACCCUACGUCUGUACUGUGUGCCAAAAGGGAUUCACCUGCAGCAAGCAGCUCAAGGUGCACAGCCGCACCCACACCGGGGAGAAGCCCUACUCGUGUGAGAUCUGCGGCAAGUCGUUCGGGUACAACCACGUGCUCAAGCUACACCAGGUGGCGCACUACGGCGAGAAGGUCUACAAGUGCACCAUCUGCAACGAAACGUUCAAUUCUAAGAAGAGCAUGGAGGCCCACAUCAAGAGCCACUCGGAGAAUGCUCCCACCGCCCCCACGCCGCCGGCGUCGUCUACCUCAAGCGAAUCGUCCUGUUCGUCGAGCAGCAGUGACAAAGAAAAUAAAGACUCGUUGCCCUCCCCUCAGGAGCCCGCCCUUAGUUACGAUUCCGACAUCCGGUACUACAUCUACCCCCGCGAUCGGCUGUCCCCGGGCUACGUCGUGCCGCAGUCGUGUUCCGGCGCCGGCGUCGAACUGCUGGCGGCGGCGGCGACAGCGACCGAGCGCGAAGACGUGGUGCUGAACAUCAUCACCAAGAACCCCCAGGAGGUGAUGACCGCGCUGCGGCAUCCCACCUACUUCCCCGCCCCCGCGGUGCAGUACCCGCCGCUGAACGCGGGCGACGACAUCCGGAACAAGCUGGAGGCGGUGCUAGGCGUCGGCGAGAUCCAGUCCGAGGAGGAGAAUAUUCUGACUCCGCCCAGUUCGAACCCGGUUUCGCCGGCCCCGUCGGUGUCGCCGGACCCGGAGCGCAGUCUGCCGCCGCGGAAGAGGUCCAAGAUGAUCUUGAAGUCGAUGGAGGCGACUAUAGACUUGUCGCCAGUACGUUACAGUUCGGUGAUUCAGUAUGCGGGAGCGUCCUAAUUGCAUUACCAAAUAAUACUCUCGAUGAGAUUUAUUUUAUUUUACAGACUGUUUCUCUUUGAAGUUGAUUGGUUAAUUUUGUUGCCGGGAGCUUUAAUCAACGUUCAAACAACACCAAAACGGACUUUUUUUUUCUGUGAUAAGACUGUAUGAUACCGACAUUUUACCUCAUUGCAGUGCCUAGGGUUUUGACCCUCGCAAUAUAGUGUUACACUGUGUAGAAACACACAAGUGUAAUGCUCAUCUCAUUAUAAUUUUAUGUCGUUUUUAGUAUUUUUAUUCUAUUUUCCAAUGUUCUAGCUAAUUGAAAAAUAGUGUAAAAUGUUGUAGACGUGGUUUUUCUAUGAUUUUUAAUAAUACGAGGUUUUACUUUUUCAUGAUGUAAAAAGUGUACUGUAUUUCUGAGUCUGAACCGUUGAUGAAAUACCAUUUCAAUGGUAGUAACUUAUUGUAUUCCUUAUCAUCUAUGUAUUGUCUAAACGAACCGCAAGAAUAAAAAAAUGUAUAUUAAA